UUAACAUAUGUAAGUCUGUUUAACUCUGUGUGGGACAGUGGAAUCCGAACAGAUGAUAUAUGUAUGGACUCUAGUGAAUAGGACGACAUUAACUGACACGUCUUCGCAACAGCGGCCACGUUAAGACGGUGAGAUUCGAGGAAUAGCUGAUCAAGUACGAUGGAUCCAGGUCUAGCUAUUCUUCUCAGACAAAUACAGUACCAUCUGUAUGUGUUGAGAGUUGAUUGGUGGAAGAUGCCGGUUCUGCUUGUCAUGGCUUACACUUUAUAUCAAAGGGAUCGCCUUAUGGACAAUAAUCUGUUUGACUCCUACCCUGAUACUCUCCCAAAAAUAAAACAGAAAUGCAACGAUCCUAUCCUAGGCACUGGAUAUAUCGGUUGUUACAAAAAGGGAGAGAUGGUCAAGGCCGGUUUUAUCAACGUGUACAAAAGUUCCUCUAUGACUCCUGAGAUGUGUGUAACAAAAUGCAAAGAUUCUGGCUUUCCGUAUGCUGCUAUUUUCGAAGGAAACUCGCUAUUGAGGCGCGACAACUUCAAAGCAGCCCCAUGGCUCAACCUCUUUGCGGUUGCCUGGGUACAGUUUAUGACRCAUGACUGGUUUGAACACGGCCAACCCACCCAAGAGGACCCUAUUGAGGUCCCUYUAGAGACCGAUGACCCACUGUAUGAAAGAAUGCAGGGAAAGAUGUACGUCAAAAGGACUCGGCCAGAUACCUGCAAAGAAGACCCCACCAGACCAAAGACCUUCCAAAACCAGGUUACUCAUUGGUGGGACGCAUCACAGAUCUACGGGAGUGACAAGGAGACAAAUGAACGAGUAAGAUCGAUGAAGGAUGGCAAGUUGAAGGUUGACGACGAGGGGUUUAUUCCAACUGAUCCUAAAACUAGGAUAGAAAUUACRGGAUUCUCGAAUAAUUGGUGGGUUGGCCUGAGUCUUCUACACAAUGCCUUCACUCAUGAACAUAACAGUGUCUGCGACAUGUUGAAAAACAAACACCCURGUUGGUCCGAUCAGAAAAUCUAUGACACCGCGAG